CUCAAAGUGCCACGACGAUCCGCGCUUCUUCCUUCCUCUCCUCCUCCUCACCAACUGUGACGAUCUCUGAUCGCAGCGCCUGUCCGUCUUCGUUGUAACAAUCAUUUGUAUUGCCGGCGUCUUCUCUUCGGGCUGUUUCUCGGCCGUUGCCGACGACUUCUCCGCUUCAAGUAAUAAUUUUCGCAAUCGCAAAAAUCAAAGCAACGACCGUCUCCCUUGUCCCAUUGUUUGCCUGUUCACGGUGUUCGUUUCGUGCCGGCAUUCCGCCUGGAAAGGGCGAAAGCAUCGCUCAGCCUCCUGUGCUUUCUUUGUGGAAGCAUGCUUUGCGAUAGACAAUAGAAGGUUUCGCAUAGUGACAAAGACGCAAUGGAGGACUCGUACAGUCACCCAGUGAAACGUGCUCAGACGUCUCUAACCCCCCAAAGUCAGCAAAGUCAACAAUCGACGGCCUAUCAGGUCAACGUGAGCCGGAAGAAGACGAGGAAAUGGGUCGAGGCUAAGGUCCAGAGCUAUGACGGCGACGACUGGGGAGCUGACGAGUACGACGAAGAGUCGGAUCAUGAGCCUCCUCCGCCUCCGCCGAUCAACCCCUCGCUGCGCACAUUCUCUGGCACCGACCUGCUACACUCUCGCCACAACACUCCCAGCCCGGCCUCGAGCUUGAGUGCGCUGCCGUCUCUGCGAACACAAGCUCAGCAGCAACAGCAAUCUCCCGCUGUGCCACCGGCUAACCAGCCUCCGCGCAUUGGAGUUACUUCGCCUGUCGUAUCAGAUGUCUCGACUCGUAGUGCCUCGGAGUCGUUUGCCAGCGGCCAUGUUGUAUCACCCCAGCCCGUGACUGCUUUCCAAGGACGUGAAGGCGACGGCAACCUGUCGCUAGCCGGCAUUGCUCAACUGCCUUCACAGAUCCAACAACAACAAGCUCCCGGCGGCUAUGAUGUGUCACGCUCUCCCAGCUUUGAUCAGGCUAUGAAACCCACAUCUACGCCUCCAGUUGUCGUUGAUCGCUCUGUAUCGCCCCAAGUUUCCGCACCGGCACCAGCACUGCCGCCCGCGGAACAACCUCCCCCCAUCAUCUACUCGCCUGACAAUUACAGUCGUCUCCAGGAUGAUGUGGACCGUGAGACAUUAGCCGGGGCACCUGCUAUUCCUCCCAGCUCAGGAGCUGACCAAUUCACUGUGUCUGCUCCAAAGCCAUUGUCUAGCGAGGAUAGACGAGAUACUUGGGAAAGAGACGACGAUUCUUCUCACGGCGAUCACCUAGAAAAUCAGGGAAUCCGUCCCGACUUUGAGUCUCAAGCUGGCAUUGACCGUGGACGAUUGUCUGUCAGUCCCAAGUUGCCAGAUCUUGCUCGCAUGUCCGCGUUUGGGACCGACCUCUUCGCCUCCUCAUCGAGCAACAACAACCUUUCGAAGCAAACUCCUAUCAGUGAAGAUCAAGCGGAUAGAGGCGAGCCGGCUACUAUUCCGGCAGCUACCACGACGGAAUCUCGCUGGCAGCCUCCCGUAGUACCGGCCGAGGACGAAGAUCACUCAGAAGCUCCAGGGGGUGCGCCUCUCUCCCAGCCUAACAACCUGUUUCCCGGCAGAAACAUUCCAAUUGUUCCACCGUUGCGAACUCCUAGCCCCCAGCCGCUCGCCGCAGCCCCCUUUGACCCUCAAGGCACCAAAAUCACUCCCACAGAGCCUCUUCAGCCCUACAGAGGAGAGCCACUGCCGGAAUUUGAGGCUCCUCAGUCGUUCCAAAGGGUGCAGACUUAUGGCACCGACACCUCGUCUCCCAUGAAGGACAGUCCGUUGAAGGAAAACGACGUACUUAGUGACGAGAUUAUGCGAACUCUUAGCCCCUCGGGUGCAACUCCUUCCGAUGUUAAGCUCAGUGAUGGUCCUCAGCUGCAUCCUCCAGAAGACCGGAGCGGCGUCAGGGAGAGCAGUUACACUCUUAUGGACUAUGAUAGUUACUGGGCAGAUACAGCAGAAGACUCGGGUCCUGGCCAUGAAAAUGUGCCGGUGCCGUCGACUGAGAACCUUCAGAGCACACCGGCCGCUACAGAGCCGCUUCUCGCUCCUUCAACGCAGUCUGGUUUGAAAUCGCCCGUCGACACUACUUCUCCAUCACCACCAGCUACGAUAACGUUUGAUCCGAUGUUCUCUCCUCAACAACCCCAGCAACAACCCCAGGAAGAGCAGCAACAGCAAGAUCAACAACAGCGACAACCGUCUCUUAGACGAAGAUUUUCCUGGGAAGCUGAAGAGGAGCAGCGCACUCCAACCACUCUGGCUCAGACUCCCAUACAAGCUCAGCCAACUACUGAUGACUCUGCUGCUCCUGCGGUCCAUCUCACUGGGCCAUCCGGUCAACCAUUUGAGCCAUCCGUGACGAAUUUCAGUACUACCGAGUCUCGUAGCCAUAGCCCUGUAUCCCAGUUAUCACAGGCACCAACAACGGCGGCGGGAUCCGGCUUGGGUGACUUGGCGAUUCAGACAUCCAAUCCAUCCGGCAGCCUCCCAGGGCAUGAUUCGUCACUCCCCGAGCCUCCCUCUCCAGUGUCUAUUUCCGUGAUCAGUGACAACCCUUCUACCACUGCCCGUGAACAGGCGCGCAUGUCCAUUGCGGACGAAAAGUUGUUUGCCGACCAGGGCUCCGUCAAUCUGGUGACGGGAUCUCCACCUCCAGCUUCGGAUUCUCACCCGGCCGUGUCUUCACCGACUUCUGCAGCGUCUGUGCCCGCUCCACAAACCCCUGCCCCUAAUCUGAACCCACUUGCACAGGCCAAAGCCAUGAACUUCCGAGAUAUCAUGGCUCUAUCCACGCCUACGGAGAGGAUAGCAAAAUACACUGAAGCACGUGAGGCCUUGGCAGCAAGGGAUUCCGGCUUGGAGAGCUGGCUUUUAUAUCUGACUACGGAGCAUCCUGAGCUUUCGGCCUCCAUUUCUGCCCCGGGAGGCCAGAUGACCCCUCGGUCAAGCAACAACGCCUCCUUGCCGGUGGGAUCUCAGCCCUCGAGCCAACAGCCUUACUACCAGCAGUAUCUCAACGCCAGCUCGCCAAGCACGUCUGGGCCACAAAGCGGAGGUGGAGGUAGCGGUGGUGGCCGCUCCAGAUUGGGUGGGUUGUCGAUGCCAUCUCAGAUGUCCGGCAGUGCGUUUGGGCAUUCGGGCAACCAGAUUGGCACAAAGAGCAAGGAGUUCAUGCAUUCAGCUGGAAAGAUGGGCAAGGGACUGUUGAGCAAGGGCAAAAGCAAACUGCGCGGAAGCGGGGACAAGGUCGAUACGAUCCCUCCGGACCAUCCGAUGCCCAACAAAGCACAACGACGUUCGACAUGGCGAUUUAGCCUCGAGCCAAGACCUCGUGAAGAUGAUCCUGCCCCACAUUCCAGCAGCGACAUCUCCACGACACCGCCACAGCUGCCCGACCCGUCCCCGGUCUCCCCCUUGAACGCCGCAUCUGGCCCUGGAUCCGCCUUUCCAUGGAGUGUCUCAGAUGACAUGCCAGCCCCCGACCCGUUAUCUGGGAGGCUGCCCGGCGAGGUACACGUCACAUCGGAAGACUUAGUAAUCUUCAAUUCCUUCCUCCACGGGGCUUACCCGUCAGCAGAGCCGGAGGAGCAUAUAUUCCCCGCUGGCCAGAGGAGCUCUGACUUGAAUCCGGAAAUGGUGACGCCGGACGAUUGGGUCAUGGUUCAGCAUCAGGGUGAACAGAGUCAGGCUCAGAGAAUGUCCAUGUCGUUUAGGGCAAUGGCUGGAGCAGAUGAUCAAGAACGACAGCAACAGAACCAGCCCCUGGACAACUCGGACACGCCAAAGCGCAAUUCCUCCUUUAUCGGUCUGCCACCCAUCAGGCGAGGCUCAACAUUUGGCACAAAAUCAAAGGCACGGAGGGCCACGGAGCGUUUCUCCCUCGAUGACGAUGACGGUGACGAUGGUGCUGACAUUGAUGCUCCUCCCCUCUCUCCAGUCAGCGGGAUUGACGCAUCGAUACAUCCCCCAGAGGCCGUGACGGGCAUGAAUCAGGGGGGGCGCAAUGAAAAGGCUCUCCCUCCUCAGCCCGGCCAUGGAGUGCCUAUGGCCAUGAGUGCGAAUCCCAGAUUUGGCCAGCAACAGAGUUCCAAUGCCGGCCAUCAUCCUCACCAACAGCAACAGCAGCAGCCACAGCAGCAAUAUCCUGGUGGACCGAACCCUCAAUUUGCUCAAGGCGCGCCCAUGAUUGAUAGCCUAGUUCAGAAACUUCCCCCUGCAGGUCCGUGGAAACUGGAAGAGAGUCAUCUAACCGAGCCGCUUCACCUAACCAAAAAACGCUCCGGCACAGAUUUUUCGCAACAGGAUGCCUACUAUGGGUACAAUAAAGAGCUUGGAUUGGAAAUCCCUGCGGCUCCAAUACCUCCCGCUCAAGGUCCUCCCGGGCGAUUCAGAAGCGACGUACCCCCAUCGUCCGCUCGGCGUUAUCCAGAGCUGUUUUCACUACCAGGACAAGACCCACGGCAAUUUGGUCGAGGCCAAGGAUACCCGCCUCAGAUGCAAGGUCGCCCACCAAGAGAGGGGGCGGCACCUGUGCGACAGCAACAGGGAGGACCAGACGCUGAUGAGCGUGGGCGCAGGAGAAAUUCGGGCAUUUUCAAGGAACUUGGAACACGAAUUGCGAGAGCAACCUCGAGAGAACGACGGAGCUCUAUUGCCGAAUCUAAGCCACCAUCUAUACAGCUUCGAGGGGAUGAGGUAUCUGAAGUCAGUGUCACAACGGAGGAUGCUUCGGACCGUAGAAAGAAGCGAGCCAGUUUCUUUGGGUUCUCUGGCCGUCCUUCCUCAACGGACCAGCCGCCUCGGAAAGAAGAGGAUCUAGGCAAUCAAGCACGCCAGCGGGAUACACGAUCUGCUGGGGCCGAGCCACCUGUUGACCCCCGCGAAGAUCAUAAACGCUCCCUCUUUGGCGGUGGUGGACAGUCCAAGAUUGGCCCCGGCAAUUUCUCUCGCUCAUCAACUUCAAACUCCGCAUUUGAGUCGGUCUCUGGUCCCGGUGGUGACGGCCGAGACAAUGGGGUUCCGCAUAAGAGAAGGAUAUCUGAUAUCGCCAAGGCUUCCGGCAUUGCGGGCCUAUUUGGUCGCGCACGUCAGGAUCGUUCGUCAUUAGGUGCAAUGCCCCGGCAGCAGAACAAUGACCAGGCCUUGAACCAAAGAGCCAUGAUACCUGAUCGACCACCCAUGCAGCUCCCAUCUUUGGAUUUUACAUCGGACCCUCUGGCUUCCAUGUCUAGUUUAGGAUUCGAGGAAUCAUUUCAGAACUACCAACAAGACGAGCACCAGCCACAACCACAACGAGGCCUAGGACAGCCUGUGCAGACACAGUUUGGCAAUUCCAAUGCUUUCUCUGUUGGCCCUAUGAACCCUCAAGCUCAGCAGACUUCUCUGCUACCCACUACAGUUGGAAGCCAAGAGAGGACAGUAGCCUCAGCAGGAUUGACUUCUCCUCAGUUCAACCAGCCACCACAGGGCAUUAGCCAGGAUUCAGAGCGACAGAAUCUUCAGAGCCAUUUGCCGCACCUUGCGACCAAGACUUUAGUGCCGGUACAGAACGUGAAUACUACUGCUACAGAAGACCAAAAACCUUCCGGCAACGAGAGUUUGGAAACCCCAACCGAGUCCCAAUUAGACUCGGCAAUGGACGAAAAGACCCCCAGGCUUCAAGAAUUCACAUUUCAAGAAAAGCUGGCAGCUCUCCAAAUUGGGGAGGACAAUGUAAGCGAAGAGGAAGUUCUGAGGUCUCAAACGGUAUCGCCGGAUAUAUCCAUCGUCUCCACCUCCAAGACAGAGGAACAAGGCCCUGUUCGAUCACACAGCAAUACCUCUGAGCAUAACGAGAUGGUUGAGGGGGUUUUGAUUACUCCUCCCCCUGAGGAGUCUCUUCCAUCGGUUGCGGAUGCUGACAAUGCCGGCCAUUCUUCCUUUCACCAUGAUGUGCCGCCGUCAGUCCACUCUUUCCCAUCCAUUUCUUCGCUCCGUGAGAAAUCGGAUGCCAAGUCUAUUCAGCAAGAAGGAGGUUCUGUACACCAGACUGAAGAGAGCGUAGCAAUAUCCCCGGAACCGUCACCUCAAGUUACGAAAUCUCAAGUAUCGAGCAAAGCCGCAACACCAGUGUCCCAGCAUCAACAACUGCACUCGCCGGUUUUGGCGACAGUGAAGCUGCCAGAACCGCAGAGUACCGAUUUGCCAGUUACUCCUCGGUCUCAAACUAGACCUGAAUCGCAGCCGCGGCCCCUCGACACGACGGGGCAGAGGCAACUAUCUACUCCAUCAUCACCGCUCCCUGCCGGCAACCAACCAGUACAGCAACAACUCGUACAACAACAGUCCGUACAGCAGCAGCCCGUACAGCAGCAACCAGUACAGCAGCAACCAGUACAGCAGCAACCAGUACAGCAGCAACCAGUACAGCAGCAACCAGUACAGCAGCAACCAGUACAGCAGCAACCCGGACAGCAGCAAUUCGUACAGCAACAACAACACGUACAGCAGCAAUUCGUACAGCAGUAUCCUGUACAACAACAACAACAACAACAACAACAACAACAACAACAACAACAACAACAACAACAACAACAGCGUCCCGGACAGCUGCAGCACCCUGUCCAGCAGCUAAACCCUAUGCAGCAGCAGCGGCCCAUGCAGCAACAACCGGUGCAACAGCUGCGGCCUCAAUAUGCACCAUCAGUGAGCGCCUCUAAUGCAUCCAUUGCUUCAGAGGCGUCAACCCCGGUGUAUCAAGUCCAAUCCGGAUCUCAAAGCCUAUUCACCGGGCUCCCUGGACCAUUCGGACGCGCGUCUACAGAUGCUGCAGCACAGCAGAAAGAUAGCCAGGGAUCGCGAUGGAAAGGACUCAAAAACCGAAUGAGCGAGCAGAUUUCGCAAAGGUCGCAGCCACAGCCGCAGCAGCAGCAGCAGCAGCAACAGCAGCAGCAACAAAACAUGAACCAGGGCCAGAACAAGAUUGCUGUUGGAGACAAGAUUAAGGGCAACAAGUUACUAGGCGCUCUGAGACGUACAUCGAAACAGCCAGAACUCAACCAAAACCAGGCCAACGUCCAACCAUCUCCCAACUCCAGGCAGCUUCCCAACCCGAUCCCACAGCCUCAUCCCCAGGGAUAUCAGCCGCAACCCGGACAGCUGCAGGGCCCCCGGCCUAAUGGCAUGCCUGCCAACGCUCAACACUUGCAGCCAUCUAUGCAGCCGCCCAAUAUGCCGAGGGCAAAGACUAUGCCUCCUGGGCCCCCACAACAGAAUGCCCCCCCUCGAGACCAGACACGGUCAUCAGAGCCGCGUUAUGAAAGCGUCCCUAUUCCCAGAGGGUAUUCGGCGGUCCACGGCGAGGGCAUGAUGGUACCAUCGCCAUACCAACCGAAUGUUCGACGCCAAUUCGGCCCCCUGCCACCCCAGCAGCAGCAGCUACAGCAACACCCUCACCCUCAUCCACAGAUGCAACGACAAUGGCAGGGUGGUCAUCCCCCGCCCAUGUCUCUGCAGCCUCAACCAACUCAAUUCCAAGGAAGCCCUCGGAUGAUUCAAGGUCCCCAGAACGGGGGGCCGGGUCAUAUGAGAGCUCCAUCUGACUCACGAUCCGAUUAUCUCAAACCCCAGAGCCCUGAGUCAUUCAAUACUCAAUCGAGCCGGCACAACAGACAUAGUUCCCAAGGUAGCCAGAAUAGUAGGGCUGAGCCACCACGGCCUGCCAGUGACAUGGGCAGCAACCUGGGAAUGUCACAUCCCGGUAGCCCUCAGCCGUCUGAAAAGGGAAAUCUAUCUGUCGUGGAUCGUCCUCGCUCCGCUUCGCGGAGUCCCGCUGUCUCGGUUGGGGCUGAUCAGAAGCCUGACUUGGAUCCUAGCCCAAAGCCAGAUGGAACAACUGAUUCAAGCCGGGCGUCGAACCUUGGCAUAGAUGUAGAGAAAGCCCAGCAACUAGUGGAAGACGACCUUUAUUCUGCUACACCCAAGGUUGUACCAGCAGUGGCAGGAGAUGCUAGUAACCCACCUGCCGCAUCUCAAUCAGCAUCAAAUGAGCAGGCGGAAAGCUCUGCAAUGGCAGCGGCCAAGGCCGUCGUCGUACCAGCAAACGCUGGUGCGAUGGCAGAGCUAGAAGACACGGAAGAAGCACGGAAGCGAGCCAUAAGGCUAGCAUCGCAGGAAGAAAAGAUCUUUUACGAGCCAGAGGAUUACGAACCCAAGAUGAGCGCAACGAGCUAUCCUGGACAAGAGUGGAAUCCUUUUGGCGAACCGGAAUUUGCAGACUGGAAGGAAGAUUGAUGAAGAAGAUUGCAUUUGUUUAUACGGGUAUAUAAGAUACGAUGUGGAAGAGUGUUUCCCACUUUUCGUUUGUUCGUCUUGAUCCAGCUCUGUAAUUCUCAGCGGAGCACGCGCGUCGUUUCAGAUACCCCAUUCACUUUCAUUUGUUCGGACAUAUUGAUGAGAGCAAUUGCUCGAGGAAUAUUGGUGCCACAGCAGAGACUGUUGAUUUACGAUCGUGUAGAUAAAACACAUAAGAGAAGACGUGUAUAGCAGAACACGUUAAUAAUAUUUGAC